UACCCGGGCAGCCAGUGUACCGCCGGUCGCGUACCUGUUCGGGUUGUUUCCGUUUUUCUCGCGUGGUGCGUGCGUGCGUGCGCUCGUGGAAGCUCUCUCUCGACCCUCCCCGCGGAUGGACCGGCAGUGGACCUUACCAGGUACAUCGGGCUAUCCGUGCUCAUUCGGUUUUUCCUCCGUCCCCUUUCCUUUCCUCUCCUCUUCGUAAUCCGGGUAAUGAUUGGUCCGCGCCGAUGUUGAGGACCGGCGCGGCGAUACGAAGCGCGACGAGAUCAUGUUAUGGAGAUCGGCGAGUUGACGUCGCCCUCGUGUCACGUCGCCGCGCUGUCUCCCCGCACGACGGUGGGAGGGUCGUCAACCGCGUCGCCGAGUGAUCCACCUGCUCGUGCCGACCGCCGCCGCCGCUGCCGCCACCACCAUCAUCACCGACGCCGCCGCCGCCGCUGAUGCAGCCGCGUGCGAGCGCGAGUCGCUGCCUCUCGCUCCCGGGACCGCCACCGCCACCGCCGCCGUCGCCGCCGCCGCCGCCGUCGUCGACGACCGGGAUCGCCGCGAUCUUCUCGGACCGCGGACCAAGCGGGAGAUCCGCGACGGGAUAGGCGCGCGUGUCAAAUCGCUUCACCACCCCGUCUGCGCGCCAUCCCCGUGAUAAAUCUCGCCGUACGACGACGAGGAGUCGCCCCGCAGUUCCUCAUCGCCGCCUCCUUCGUUAACAGUCUCCUCCGCGCGCUCUUCCCUCCCUCUCUCUCUCUCUCUUUCUCUCUCUCCCUCUCUCGGAAGGGGAAAGAAAAUCUCGCGCCUCCGCGAGAGAGAGAUCUCGAGAGGGAGGAGGUCGAGAGCGAGGCGUGAGCGACGAGAGCGGCGGAUCGAUAGGGAGGAAAACGCACGCACGAUGAGAGACGCACGAUGAUGACGGGAAAAGACGUGCCGGCGAUGGUGUGACCUCGCGGGUCACCCCGGGUCUAUAAAAAGAACAGAAGGAAGUCGCAAGAGGAAGAAGGAGGGAGGAGGCAGCCUUUGCCGCGGGCAGAGCUCUCUUUCGAGCGGAGUUUAGGCGGCGGCAGCAGCGGGAUCAAAGGUCAUGGCAACGCCGCCGGACUCGCCGGGACCGGAAGAGGCCUUCUUCGAGUUCGAGAGCACGCGGGCGAGGGCGCAGACCACCAGGCCGGUGCCCAUAGAGGAGCUUCUGCGACAGACCAAGUUCUCCCGGCAGGAGAUCCGAGUCAUGUACCGCGGCUUCAAGCAGGAGUGUCCCGAGGGAGUGGUGCACGAGGACUCGUUCAAGGACAUUUACGCGAAAUUCUUCCCGCACGGAAACUCCAGUCUCUACGCCCACUACGUGUUCAAGGCCUUCGACGUUAAUUGCAACGGGGCCAUCAGCUUCAGGGACCUUCUCGUGACGCUGUCGACCCUGCUGCGAGGCAGCAUUUACGAGAAGCUGAGAUGGACCUUCAAGCUGUACGACAUAAACGGCGACGGCUGCAUCACCAGGGGCGAACUGGGCGAAGUCGUGACGGCGGUCCACGAGCUCAUGGGCAGGCGGCAUCACGCCGAGGAGGAGAGGAAGGCGAGGGAACAGCUGGACAGGGUCUUCAAGAAACUCGAUCUCAACCAGGACGGUGUUAUCACGAUCGAGGAGUUUAUCGAGAGUUGUCUGAAGGACGAUGUGAUCACACGGUCGCUGGCGAUGUUCGACUGCGCGCUUUGAUCUCCGGCUAAGGACGAGCCUCCAGCAGCGGUCACCGCGACGCCGCCGACGCCGCUCUCGACGACAACGUUCUCGCAAUCCCUGUCCCCGUCGCCGCCGCCGCCGUCCUAUUCCCUGCUGCCGCCUAUCCCGCCGCCUCUGCCCUCUCAACCGCCGCCCGGUUACACCGUCCAGGAUCAGGAGCUCUAUCUACUCCUGGCCGCCCACUGGUGGAACCAACCGGAGGCGCCGCUCUUUUGCUGAAGGGCAAAGCGAUAACACGGCUCCUAGCGACGUAGAAUAGCAAUCGAGGUCUAAAUCUGUGGAAUCGAAGAGCGGAUUUCCCGGCACCUCGCUGUCCCCUCGUUCUUCGCGAAACGUUUGCAACGAGGAACACGGUGCAAGGUGUUGCCCUUAUUCUCGCCGACUAACGGAGCUUACAGCAAAGGCUCAGCCGUUUUCGAAAACAGCACGCGGGACACGCAGAUUUUGCCGCUUUCCAACAAAGGGACAACAUCCUGCGGACGACGACAGAUAUUUUGGCAGUCGCGGAACAAUUGGCGUCGAUCUCUCGGCAAGAACCGUUCGACUUAAAAUCGAAAGGUGCAUUAAUACGCCAGUUUAGGUACCUGGAGCUCCCGGAGCGGUCUCUCAGGCGCUUAAAUUCGAAGAACGGCGUCUAAGAGAGGGACGUUCUUGAAAACGAAGAGACGCCACCGAGGACAGACGAAGAUACUGCCAUUCUGCAAGAAGAUUCCGCGAGAUCGAAGAACCCGGAUGUCGCGCAUCUGUGCCAAAUUUUUGUGGGAUUUUUCAGACGAUGGCAGACGAGAGAGAGAAACGCGGGAAACGGCGGAGGAGGUGCUGUGCGUGGCUGUGAGUCGAAAGCGGCACGAGAACAAGGAUCCUAAAUUGUUCCGAAAAAAAAAAAGAGAAGAAGAAUAUUAUUUAUGCAUCACCCCGAGGGAAAGGGAUGUCGCAUCCAGUCUCGGACGUUCGCGUUAUCCGCACGAUUCUGUUUCUACGGUAGGUGCUAAAAAGUCGAGGCUUACAUGCUCACGAAUCGAUCGCGUUCCCCAGAAGCGUUCUUCUCUCGCGGCUCACGGGGGAUCGUGUGGUUCAUUUCGAAGCACAUUUCCCCUCGUAUCCGAGUAAAUCUUUUUUCUCCCUAAUGACAAGCAAGUGCUUCGCGCAGUCGCGGCGUUAAAAAAUAGAGUCUCUCCCACGUUGAAAAAUCAGCUUGAAUUUCCCUCGUCGUAGAUUAUCGUUCUGACUUUCGGAAAAACACGCUAUAUUUAUGUUUUAAAAAGUAUAAUCACGUAUCACACGAACGUACAGGGUACAUCUCGCCGUUUCACCGCCGUUGUCUCUCGACAAGCGCGAUCGCUUCUCAGAUAAUUUGAGGGCUCUGUAUAAUGUAUAACGACGUACGCGAGUUGACUUUUCUAGCGUCUGUCGUUUGGUUUGUGAACACGCUCCGCAUAACUGUCAUAUAUACGUCGGUCCCUUCGUAUCCUCCGCGAUUUACGACCGUUUAUUACGACGAUCGCACAGUCGCGAGCGACGAUUGUGUGAUCGCGCACGCGGCGAGAAUGAUUUAUACACGUUUCGGUGGCGUGGCCCGGUGUCCCUCGAUUAAAUUGUUAGCCGGGCACGAUCGUUGACGAUCGUAGAUAUCAUGCACAUACGUAGGCUCGUAGUUCGACACUGCGUACGCCCUUGACUUGUACGCCCUUUUCUAGACCCAAUUCGAUUUUAAUUCGGGUCCCGCGCAGGCGAUUCAAUAUUUCUGCUGGCAUGGCAAUUUUUCGAUACACGAAAUACCUGCCCGUCCAUGUAGAAAAGUAAGUCACGUGCGACGCCGGAGUGACUCCCAAAGUGAUUAUUAAAAUCAAUUUUUCGAUCAAUAAUGAUUUAUUUUAAUGCCAUACUGACGUUUUCGUGACCUGUUGUUCCGCAUGGCCGACACUUCUCUACAGAGCCGUAAUUUUUCAUAUGCCUUGGGCAAAGUUGUAUUUUUGGAAAAGGAAAUAAUAAUCCAACAAAUUAUUUAAAUCAUUUAUAAAUUGUUUUUUUUUAUUGCUUUGCACAAGAAAGGUAAUCUAUUACUUACAUGUAAUAAUAUACAUAAAUGAAUAUAAUUAUUUUAAUUGCACUUUUCUGACUUCAUUUCAAAUUCAUCGUUUAUACCAUUCUAAUGAAUAUCUUUAAUGAUAAUAUAUUCAAUUAAAAUUAUAAAAUUUUUGAAAAGAUUGGAUAAUCGUUCUUGCCAAUAAUCGAUCUAAGAUAAUUCUUAAUUAAUUUUAAUUUAUGAAAAUUUCUCAUAUACGAAGCAGUAGAAUCGACAGGAGUGCAAAGUAUUCGAGGAGCAACAUUGUUAUUUGGAUAUGACUCAAUUAAAAUCUUAUGGAGGAUUUCUAAAAUAUCAAUCGGAGUUGUCAUUUCAAUGUUUUGCAGUACUGAGGCUUUAAACUUAAGAACACGGUAUUUUGAAAAUAUAUUAGGCAAUUUUUUGAUCAUAAUUCCAUUUUAAAGCCUCUCUUUGUCCUAGGUUCUGGAUAUAGUGUGUCGUCGUUACCCCUACUUGGUUACGGCUUUUAUUACCAAAGUUUGCCAAUCUUCUCAGUUCUACGAUCAGUUUUCCGUUCUGUGCAGCACGAGUGACGAAACAUACGCGCUGAUACUUAUCGGGAAAGUAUACUUUCGGUCUUAUCAAUCCGCGUUUUUCCGAUACUCUUUUCUUAACGAUAGUUUCGCAAUACAGCUAGUUCUGCUAUUCAAACGUAAACCGAGAUUGAAGCACUGACAAGAGAUAUUGAUCGUCUGCUGCGGACUUCUUGCAAGCGUGUAACACGUUGUAGGUGUACGUGCGUGAAGCAUCGAUUUUCUAAUGUAUCCGUUAUUGCGACCCUGUAGGCGUGCGAGAGCGUGCGGGCAUACUACGUCAGACCGACUAGCCGAGUAGCGGAAGCCUGAGCGGCGAUUAUGGAUUAUCAAAAUCGAUCACAAUGAAACACCAAAGCUACCGUAGUUAGCUGUUACUUAAGUAUAAAUACGAGAAUAAUGAUAUAGAUUACGAUUUAUAUAUAUACGUACACAUAAUUUAGGGUAAAUUUGCAAUUAAGUGCGCGAUUAUCGGAUACGACUAGGUGAUCGGGGAAAAUUCAGUUCAUUCUCGAAAAAGAAAAAAAAAUGCACACUGUCUCGUCGAUACCAGUGCCGGAGAAAAAUUGAAAUAGAAAUGUUUAUUUAAAGGAUGCAUUUAUAUAAAAAAUACUAUUUGCAAUAAAAUACUCUGUGCGGUAGAAAUAAAGACAGUAAAUAUGCAGCAUAACGCUCUCGAUUUUCUUUUAACUUGGUAAAUUUGUGUAUUUUUAUUUGUAAAAUCUUCAAUCACAAAUUAAUAUUUCCUGCUGUGAUUAAAAUAAUUUCUCAGGAAACUUUUAUUUUUAAUUAAAGUAGAAAAUAUUUGCUAAUAUGAAUUAAUAAGGUAUAAAUUUUUAACCAUAAACAAUUCUAAAUAUGCAAAAUUAACUAAAAUCAUUUGAUUAUGAUCUGUUAGAAUUUGAUUCCGGAAUAUUGAUCGUAUAAAGGGCCAUGAUUUAGCGCCAUAACAUGUUGAACAAGAGGCCAAGAAUUGCUAUUAACCAGUUUGACUGUGAAUAACUCAUUUUAAAUUACAAUGUUAAAAGGUAAGUAAGAUAACAUUAACAUAUGCAGACUGCAUAUUCACUACAAAUAGUAUUUUUUAUAGAUAUACAUCGCAAUUUAAAUAUUAUUUUUUGUUUUAACUACUUUCUCCAACGCUACUGGUCGAUACACUCUAUACGAACAAAUGCGUAAUGCGACGAGCUACAUGUACCUCUCUGAAGUGUCGUCUGUCAACGUUGGUGGUUCGCCAGAUUUAGAUUCGUUGAUCGGUCGUCACGAUCGCGUGCUUGUCGCGGGAUCGAUCACGUGAAAACUGUCAAUCGCGCGACUUCCUCCCGGGGAGGAAGUAUCGUCGCUGAGCGACGACAGGACGAGCACCUUUUUACCGCGGUAGCUUUCACGGAAACCGGGAACACACGUGUUGCUAGGCUACGUCGUGGACGCGUGCGUUUCCAUAACGACUAAUCAACGACUUAAUAACAGCGAAACCACAGCUUCCAUAUAUCGCGUCGGUCGGACGCGGAACAAACUAACAAAGUUGAGUUGACUUGGACUUGUAGGAGACACGGGUCUCGUGCGCACGUGGAAGAUACAAGUCAUUGGAAAUCACAUUUAAAUGUUAAAUCUCAUUCAGACUCAGGCAAGAAGCUCGAAUUACGCUCGGACAAGUAAAAAAUGAACAAGUGGAAAUGUUCAAGCUUUAAAUUUGGCCAGUUUGAAGUUGAUGAUAGAUUGGAAGAUUUGAUUGUUCGAGUAAUUUAACUGGAUGCUGAAAGUUCAACUCAAAAUAAUGAUUAUUGCAAACAGAAAAAGACCCUUGUUUCUCGUUUGUUCCAUUUUAGAUCUGUGAGAUCAAGUUCAAAAUCACGUAUUGGACAGAUCGAUCUUCAGAAACAAUCUGAACAAUUUAAUGCUUGAUCUCGAAAUUCGUACUGUCCGAUCGACAAUUCUGACUUACGAAAAUUUCGAGCGCUAUUUGAAUCUAAUUAUCUUCCUCGAAUUCGAAGAUGUGAAGAAAUUCAUAAAUUACGAUUCAAGUGAUUUCGCCAAAUGGUGGUUUAUUUUUUCGAAGAAUAAUGAGCAAUUUUCCCUUUCUUUUCCUUCUUGUUUUUUUUUUUCGGUAAUCUCUUUGCGAUUCUUUUGUAUUCUUCGUACUGUCUUAUGUAUUAGAGAUGCCGCACCUCAAGUCUAUGAUUGCAGAAGUUAAGCUAUCGUCAUGACGUAUGUGUCAGGACCGAACUCGGAACGAGGAUAUACGAUGUCGGCCAUUAAUAUGCGAACGCUCAUAGAAAGUUGUAAAAAAAAAAGAGAAAUUAAACGGCCGAUCUAUAGAAGCCUUUUAACAGUCUUUUCAGCGACGCGCGAACGUUAAUUUUCGUCGGAAGGGAAUUAUCUAAUGCACAAAAUAGAUUAAGUAGAUUACUUUUACGUCGUACAUUACGUACUCCAUAAGCGUUGCCAUAUUAAUGGACCUUUCGUAAAGAAGAUCGAAGGACGUAAUUAAAGUAAAAGAAGAACUCUAGCGACACACAUACAUUAACGCGCGCGACCGACGGUGCAAAACCGCCGCGAUUAUCUUCGCCAGGAUAACUGUCGACGGAAGAAGAUUUCAUAUUUCUCAAGGUAUACGAACGUGUUGUAUCUUAUUAAAUUAAAUUGGAGUGAUCAAUGCCGUCCUGUGAUCUCGAAGCGCUGAUUCGACCGAGCAGGAUCGCGCUGAUCGCUUCAGCCCGAAGAUAACGAUACACGUUAAUUAUAUCUUCCUAUGAUCUCGUGUCGAUGUAUAUUUAUACAUAUUGUAGCGUUAGCCACACGGGGAUAUGUAUAAUCAAAUACGUUUCUUUGGGGGGAAAUAUCUGAACGUUAAAUCUCUGCCAGCAUGUUGAUUGAUAUUCAAUGUGCGCCGUAAAGUGUUAUAACAUAAAUCGAAAACCGCGGGCACGUGUUCUGAGAUGCGUUUCGAGCCGAACUUUUCUAGCGGACUUUUGCUAUCUUUCCCACACUAUUUCGGAAUUAAUUCAAUUGCAAAAAAUGGGCAUCGGGGCAAAUUGGCACCUCCCUUUGCUUUUGUAUGUACGUAUCGCAAUGGAAGACUAUCUACUAUACCUAUGCGCAUAAAUUGUACAAACACACGGGAUGCCGUAUAUAUUUUUAUAAAUUUUUGUUACUUUUUGCGAGGCAUGAAGUAUAUUCGCGAAAAUCUUUCUCUACGCAGAUUUCUCGUGCAGUAAUCAGUAAAUUUUGCUGAUUGCAAUUCUGAUGGCAUUGAAAAAGCAGUUUUAACAAUUCCUAAAAAAAAUACUCAAAGAGCAUAAAAA